ACAGAUUGCGCUUGUACAGAGGAGAAAUUCGGCAAAAUGGCGACGGAUACCAAGGUUGAGAUGUCACCGCUGAUUCCGGUGCUCACUCUUUCACGUGUUGUUUUUAUACGAUACGGCCGUCGCACGACAAAAGCUAAUUUAGUUCAUCAUGAAGUUCAACAAGCACGUUACCUCAGACCGAAGCAAAAACCGUAAGCGGCACUUCACUGCCCCUUCACACAUUCGUCGGAAGUUGAUGUCGGCACCAUUGUCCAAGGAAUUGAGACAAAAAUACAACGUUCGUCGCAUGCCAAUCCGUAAAGACGAUGAAGUUCAGGUUGUACGAGGUCACUAUAAAAGCAACACAGUUGGCAAGGUGAUCCAAGUGUACAGAAAAAAAUUCGUUGUCUACAUCGAACGUAUCCAACGUGAGAAGACAAACGGUACAAACGCCCCAGUCGGUAUCCACCCAUCGAAGUGCGUUAUCGUUAAAUUGAAGAUGGACAAGGACCGUAAAGCCAUCUUGGAACGUCGUGCUAAGGGACGAUUGGCCGCUCUUGGAAAGGACAAGGGCAAAUACACUGAAGAAACCACCACCGCUACUCCAAUGGAAACUGCUUAAGUGGCAAGUGUAGACGCGAAUGCCGUGGAGAUUUUCAUAAAUGAAAAUAAAAUAAAAUCAGAUGUUUUCUUUCGAUCCGAACAUCGAUAAUUAACAUUUAAUAAAAAAACAAAAAAAAACAUUCUUUGUUCCAAAAAAGAAGUUGAAAAUCAA